GGGCAAACCCCAGUUGGGAGUGUGGAAGGAAUCUUUAUGGUUGAGCUGACUGUAAUCCACCUCCCUAAUCUCCACCUCAGCCUCCCUCAUCAUUUCCCCAAUCCCUAUAAUUAAUUCUUAAACUCUGUCAUUCUCAAAAGAACAAAAAAAUUCUUACCACUGUGUGUGAAUAUCAUCUUUGAUGGGGAUGGAAAGGAAGCUUUUUAGUGGGGCACGGCGGUGGCUUUGCACCUCUAAUGUGGGACUGCAGCGCAGCUCCUCCGCCGCCUCUCCGCCGCUUCUGCCGCCUUUCGACUACGAUCCGAAGCCGUAUGAUGGCCCUCGGGCUGAUGAGGUUAUGGAGAAGCGCAAGAGAUAUUUGGGCCCCUCACUUUUUCACUACUAUCACAACCCCCUGAAUAUAGUUGAAGGGAAAAUGCAGUACUUGUACGAUGAAAAUGGAAGGCGCUAUCUUGAUGCAUUUGCAGGAAUCGUGACCGUCUCUUGUGGCCAUUGCCAUCCCGACAUCCUCAACGCAAUCGUGGAACAGAGCAAACUUCUUCAACACACCACCACUAUAUACCUACACCAUGCCAUAGCUGAUUUUGCGGAGGCUCUAGCAUCCAAAAUGCCCGGAAAUCUGAAGGUUGUGUAUUUUGUAAAUUCAGGGACUGAAGCCAACGAGCUUGCUAUGUUGAUGGCUCGACUGUACAGCAGAAACCUUGGCAUGAUUGCUUUGAGGAAUGCAUAUCAUGGUGGAAGUUCUAAUACAAUAGGAUUGACAGCUCUCAACACAUGGAAGUACCCCAUUCCUCAGGGUGAGAUUCAUCAUGUUCUGAACCCAAAUCCAUAUCGCGGAAUUUUUGGCCCUGAUGCCAAGCGCUAUGCUGAAGAUGUACAGGACCACAUUGAUCACGGAACAUCAGGAAAAGUCGCUGGGUUCAUUGCAGAGACAAUUCAGGGAGUUGGUGGAGCAGUCGAGUUAGCCCCUGGAUACUUGAAAUUGGUUUAUGACAUUGUUCGUAAAGCUGGUGGCGUAUGCAUUGCGGAUGAGGUGCAAACUGGCUUUGGUCGGACAGGAAGCCAUUAUUGGGGUUUUGAGACGCAGGGAGUCGUUCCUGAUAUAGUUACAAUGGCUAAGGGUAUAGGUAAUGGUUUGCCACUUGGAGCAGUGGUAACAACACCCGAAAUAGCCAGUGUAUUGUCUCAGAAAAUACAGUUUAAUACAUUUGGGGGCAACCCGGUCUGCUCGGCUGGUGGACUUGCAGUGCUUCGAGUUCUUGAAAAGGAGAAACGGCAGCAGCAUUGCGCGGAGGUUGGGUCUCACAUGAUCGGGCGCCUUAGAGAUCUUCAAAAAAAGCAUGACAUAAUUGGGGACGUGAGAGGGAGCGGCUUAAUGGUAGGGAUAGAACUCGUGACUGACCGGAAACAGAAGACACCCGCCAAGGCAGAGACUGCAGUUCUAUUUGAAAGCCUCAGAGAACUCGGCGUGUUGGUCGGGAAAGGCGGGCUUCAUGGGAAUGUUUUCAGAAUAAAACCACCAAUGUGUUUUGGCAAAGAUGAUGCAGGUUGGCUACACUUCCUCUCUUUAUUUAUCCUUUCUUUCUCUCUCUCUCUCUCUCUCUCUCUCCCUCUCUCUCUCUCUAUUUAUUUGAGUUGCUCGACUACUUGAUGCAGAUUUUCUGGUUGAUGCACUGGACUAUGCCAUGUCCAAGCUCUGAAACUACCAUCUCACUUUUCUGAAAAAUAUGCUUCUUGGGCAUCAAGUGCAUAUAGAUAUUAGUUGUUUGUGAUUGGUUGAAGCUGUUUGAAUUUUUUAUCAGAUAAGAUAUGUACGAAUGUUGUCUUUUAGUAAUUCAUUCAACUUAUGCUCAA